AAAGCUGUGUGUAUUUGUGGAUCAGACAAGUGCAGCAAGUUAUUAUCAUUGGCUUCUGAAGGGGAGAGUGAGGUGAUGGCUGCGUUUAAGUUGGAUUUCCUUCCAGAGAUGAUGGUGGAUCAUUGCUCUUUGAAUUCCAGUCCUGUCUCAAAGAAAAUGAACGGCACCCUGGACCACCCAGACCAACCAGAUCUCGAUGCCAUCAAGAUGUUUGUGGGCCAGGUUCCCAGGACCUGGUCUGAGAAAGACUUGAGGGAGCUUUUUGAACAGUACGGUGCUGUCUAUGAAAUCAACAUCCUAAGGGAUAGGAGCCAAAACCCUCCUCAGAGCAAAGGGUGCUGUUUUGUUACAUUUUACACCCGUAAAGCUGCAUUAGAAGCUCAGAAUGCUCUUCACAACAUGAAGGUCCUCCCUGGGAUGCAUCACCCUAUACAGAUGAAACCUGCUGACAGUGAAAAGAACAACGCUGUGGAAGACAGGAAGCUGUUUAUUGGUAUGAUUUCCAAGAAGUGUACUGAAAAUGACAUCCGAGUCAUGUUCUCUUCAUUUGGACAGAUUGAAGAGUGCCGGAUAUUGCGGGGACCUGAUGGCUUGAGCCGAGGUUGUGCAUUUGUGACUUUUACAACAAGAACCAUGGCACAGACGGCCAUCAAAGCAAUGCACCAAGCACAAACCAUGGAGGGUUGCUCAUCCCCCAUGGUGGUAAAGUUUGCUGACACCCAAAAGGACAAAGAACAGAAGAGAAUGGCCCAGCAGCUCCAGCAACAGAUGCAGCAGAUCAGCGCAGCCUCCGUGUGGGGAAACCUGGCUGGUCUGAACACUCUUGGCCCCCAGUACUUAGCACUUUAUUUGCAGCUCCUUCAGCAGACUGCCUCCUCUGGGAACCUCAACACCCUGAGCAGCCUCCACCCAAUGGGAGGGUUAAAUGCAAUGCAGCUACAGAAUUUGGCUGCACUGGCUGCUGCAGCUAGUGCAGCUCAGAACACACCAAGUGGCACCAAUGCUCUCACUACAUCCAGCAGUCCUCUCAGCGUACUCACCAGUUCAGCAGGGUCUUCACCGAGCUCCAGCAGCAGUAAUUCUGUCAACCCCAUAGCCUCACUUGGAGCCCUGCAGACAUUAGCCGGAGCAACAGCUGGCCUCAACGUUGGCUCUUUGGCAGGAAUGGCUGCUUUGAAUGGUGGUCUGGGCAGCAGUGGCCUUUCCAAUGGUACUGGGAGCACCAUGGAAGCCCUUACCCAGGCGUAUUCUGGAAUUCAGCAAUAUGCUGCUGCUGCUCUCCCCACUCUGUACAACCAGAAUUUAUUGACACAGCAGAGUAUUGGUGCUGCUGGAAGCCAGAAGGAAGGUCCAGAAGGAGCCAACCUGUUCAUCUAUCACCUGCCCCAGGAGUUUGGAGACCAGGACCUGCUGCAGAUGUUUAUGCCCUUUGGGAAUGUCGUGUCUGCCAAGGUUUUCAUAGACAAGCAGACAAACCUGAGCAAGUGUUUUGGUUUUGUAAGUUAUGACAAUCCUGUCUCAGCUCAAGCUGCCAUCCAGUCCAUGAACGGCUUUCAGAUUGGAAUGAAGAGGCUUAAAGUGCAGCUCAAACGUUCGAAGAAUGAUAGCAAGCCGUACUGAUUGUGCUCCCCUCUGAGACUGGAGUGAGAAGAUCUUCUGGCACAGCUUGCCCUGAAGACUCAGCUACUGCCUUCUGUGGGAGUGUCGCUUCGUACAGAGGACAAGUUUGUGCUUUGGUUUCCAGUGUUUUACUUUGGAGUUUAGGUGCCAUAUCCUGAGGGUGUUUUGAUUUGUUUUGUUUUGUUUUGUUUCUUUUUCCCUUUAUUUAAAGUUUGCUGUGUUUGUAACCAGUAUGUUGAGAAGGACCAACACCAGUCCACCCUGAGGAAAGGGGAAAUGGGUUUAAAAGAUGACCAGAAUGUACCCCAAACCACUGAAAGAGAGAGGACUGAGCAGAACAGAAAGCUGAUCCCCAAAAUCUCUCUCCCUGAGUGCAAGAAUGAGAACUGAGAUCUAGUGAGCCACAGGGGCAGAGUGGGUGAGGGGCCUUGGCAUCUGGGCCCCUUCAUAACUAGCUGCUUUGUGCACAUAUGCUGAGCUUAAGCCACCUAUUUUUCUGAUUUUUGUCCUGGAUUUCUGCCCUUCUUUCCUAAAAGGGGGUCAGCAAGUCUCAGAAAAUAAAGCACUUCUGAAUUUAGCCUCAAAUACGCAGAUAACAGGGAGAUACCUAUUACUAGCCAUCCCGGUUCAUCAUUGUUAUUCUGUUGCCCUGCCUGGCUGGUGGCUGUUUGGGGAAAACAGCCAAAGAGGUCAUGUUUACUUUACUUCAAUGUGAAGUUAGACCCUACCCAUUUCCAAAAAUUUCUUUUGAAGAAAUCUAUGGAAGUUCACCACAGCAAGGAAUCGUUUUCUCAUGAGGGCAGACCUAAGACGCUUUGCAGCAACAAGGGUGCUGUGCAUGGGCAGAGCCAUCAAAAGCCUUCUGACUGAGGAAGGAGGGACCUGCUGCUUGGUGUGCCAGGAUGCUGUAUUUGAGUAGAACUGCAUCCUGGCCUCCUUGAUGAAGGUUUCCUAGAGGCUGUGUUCCCAUAAAGAUCUGGCAGGCCUUUCCUCUAGCCACUUCUAGCCCAUCUUCUGCCCUUGAAGACAGAAGAGUACAGGAAGUUUACAGACUCCAUAUGAGUUUAGUGUUCAUUUACCUCAGUAUUAACCCAUGUUCAUUUUGUCAUCACGCUUACAGUUCCCUGCUGCCUUUCACAGGGCUUAACUCCAGCCUUUGCCAGUGUCCCACAUAGCCUCUGGGCUCUGCGUCUGCUCUAAGAAAUGCUGUUGGGAAUAUGCCUCUGAGCAGAGGUAGCCCCAUAAGCAUAUGACUAACAGCCACAGCCAUGGCCUGGGCUCCUGGGUCCUUGGAUGCUUAAACCUCACAAGUUAAGUCUUUACUCCCAGCAGGGGAGAUUAGAAGGGGCUAGCUUGCUUUAAGUCAGAUAGGGACACUCCUUGUCACGCUGUCCCUGUGGAUAACAAACCUGGAUUGACCAUCUUGCUGUUGUACAGGAGUUGUUAGUGGUGGAUUAAUCCAUUGCAGCUGAGACAGUUGUUCUCUUCUCGUAGUGAUAACUUGGGUCUGUUGUCCUCUUAAGAAACACGAAACAUAUACUUCUUAAGCUGAACCACGCAAACUUGAAUUCUGCGCACUGGGAGAAAAGUGUUCUGUGUUUCAAGAUAAAACUGUUCUAAUGGCUUCCAGGGUAAUGAUGGGAUUUUUUUAAAAUAAAUGCGAAAAAAUAAAAAAUAAAAAAAACUUAAAAAGGAAAAAAAAAAUGCUAGGUUGGGCAGGCACUGCUCUGAAUCCCAACCAGCUGGAACUAAGAAUGUCGUUUCUAUUUUUAUAGAAGUUUUAUACAGCUCCGGGGUGGAGAAUAUUUAUUACCUAAAUUAUAUCUCUGGAAAAGGCCAGGAUUUUGUAGAAUCCAGAAUGUGAUUGUUGUACACACGGGGUGCUGUGUAUGAUUGAAACUACUGACUUUCUGUGACCGUUUGCAGCCCAGAUAACCUGUCCAAGGGGAAGGCUAACAUUAAUGCUGUGAAUCGGCAGAGGCAAGAGCUGUGCCCAUGGGGUGCUGCCAGUGCUGUGCUCCCCAACCUGCUGUUCCGUCUUCCUCCCUGGCCAGAGCACCACGGUCUUCCUCCUCCUCCCAGCUUCCCUCUCUCUCCCAUUUCACCGAUUGUCCACAGAUUGGUCCUGUGCUCCAGGACCUUAAGAAAUCUUCUUAAUGAUAUUAUAGGCAAAAAGGUGACACACAUACACAUCCACCUCUGGAACAGACCCCAAACUUCCUACCCACUUGUAAUUUCUUAAAAGUGCUUGCCCCAGCAGAGCUAUGUUCUGCUCAAGCAGCCAGCCAGCUGCAGAGGCCAUGACUUCCUUCCUCCCCCUUCGCCCAGUGCAUCAGCACAGCAGUAGCACUGUCCUUGAGCACAGUUCUCUCCCCAGGCCAAAGAUGGUUUUGUUGAAGAAGCUGCUCCCCUGUAAGUCUUGCUGUGAAAGGGCUCAGCUUAGAGUGAAGACUGAAGCGAAGUCUUAAGUAGUCUUUUUCUGUUGUGUGGAGCUUUCACUUAGUGUGUUCUCUGCUGCAGUUUUGUUCCUUGGGUUAUAUGAUGCCAUUGAUUUGCCUUCAGUGCAGCCCAACCACUAUCUCCUGGGCUCCACAUGAGUGGCCAGGGCCUAUGUGGAGGCUUAGGGCUUGGAUUUCUGGGAAGAAAGGGCCAUCCCAAGAUUGAGUAAGAAACUCUGGCCCUGUGCUCUACAUAACCUCCCUCCCACUCUAGUCAGCAUCUUUUGUUGCUUAGGCCCUGGAUGUGUUAGGUGCUUUGCAAGAAAUCCAAGCCUUAGGUUCCCUUCUGUCUCUGGCAGUUGGAUGUUCUCUUGGUGUCCUUCAUGUCCUUUUGAACUUUUCCCUGUGUCCAUUGUUAGCAUGUGCAAAAGUCCCUGUCACCCCACCCUGCCCUUCCCGCCUCCUCAUUUCAGGGCUGCACACAGUGAGUGUCCUCUUCUCUCUCUGUUUGGAUGUAUUGCUCUGUGUAACUCAGUGGAUCUCCCUCUUUCUGGUUUGUUUUUUUUUCUAGAUUCCUGCCGUUUGUUCAUCGUUGUGCCUAAAGCAUGUCGAUGUGGCGUCAAGUACAUCGUCCAAAUCCCUGUCUCUUCAGCUUCUCUGAUGCUUGAACUCUCACCUUUGACCUUGUGUUGACCUUUGAUGCUGAUGUGUAUUUUAUUAUGUUUGUUUCUUUCUUUGUUUUUUCUUUUUUCUUUCUUUUUUUUUUUUUUUCCCUUUUGUGCUGCCAAAAUUGGUUUUGCUAGAACGACUGCUGAAGGGAAAAUAUUUAAACUUGCAUUUGAAUAUAAAAAAAAUCUAUUUUUCUAGAACUUCAUAAGAUAACCACUUGAUUUUGUGAUUCCAAUUCUUUGUAACUGUCUCAGAGCAGCCCUACUAGCACAUGCCGUGUGGUGUUUGUAUUCCUGUGAACACACAGCCAGUCCGCUUCCAGGCUUUGUUCCUCUGUGUGCUUAGUUUUAAAGACAACUUUGAAAUGAACAAUGAAAUAAAAGAUGUCACUAAAAUCUUUGAGGCUCCUGAACACGUUUUGCUGAUACAGUUUUGGGGCUUGAGGAGACCGCAUGUGUUGUUAUUAAUUUUUGUUUCUCUGAGUUCUGAACUGCAGAAGACACCUGAAAUACUCCCCACCCCCAUUCCCUUUUCACUGGAGGCUGACGUUCAGGCCCCAGCUAGCCUUUUUCUUUUCCUUUUGUGGUUCUUCCUGAAGCAGCCCUGCAGGGACCUUCCCGCAGCUCAAGCAGCGCAUAUCCAUGCUUAUUCCUACAGUCUCCACAGCAAAAUGUGAUGCUUUGAACUUUUUUGGGUUUUGUGUUGUUUUUACCUUUUGUUCUGAAUUUUUUUCUUUCCACUAAGAUUAUGCCCAGAAAAAACAAGUUGUGCAUGUUUCCUGCUGUUUCUUCACACCUUCGUAUGUAUCACCUUCACCUCUCUGUUUUCUAUAGUUUGUGCAAAAACUGACUGAUUUAAAGGGGUUUCAAAGAAGAUGUUUUAAAUUGUUAUGGGGUUGAUAUAUUUUUUUCAGGAUUGUAUUGUUUUGUUUUGAAGUGGCAACUUUCUCCUCUAUUGCCCUUAGAGUGUUUGCCUGUGCACUUAGACUGUCACUCUUUGUGGCCUCCAGGUCCUAGUGGGGCAUCCAGGAGGCUGGCUGCUCUGCUCAGAGAGUGUAGGGGGUCCAGAGAGGCAGAAGCAGAACCAAAGGUGACUGUGGAUAGGCAGGAGGCUUAGCACAUCAAGGCUAGAUCAUGGAGGGAGGGAGGGAAGGCACUAUGCUUCUAACUACCCCGAGGAGGCCGUCUGCACACUGAGCGGCACUGCACCUGCCUGCGCUUUCCUAGGUGACAAGCACAAUAAAUACUACAGUCUUCACACUGUUUACAGCCCUGGGCACCACCCACCCACACUGGCUCUUCACCCAACUUAAAAACAAAUUCUUGCCCUUACCCCAACUCUGCUCGCUGAGUAAGAGCAGAGCAGAACCCAGUGAAGAGCCAGAUAGCUACUGUCCCCGGGUGCCAGGCCAGCCAGUUCUUUGGUUUCCUAAGGGAAACUUACCCUCUUCUCUUGUAGCACCAUCCAGCCUCAGGGUCUUGGAAGAAUGUGAAUAGAGGAGGAGAGACUAGAGGAAAGGAGUAGACAGGGAUGGGUCUGUGAAGAGCAGAGGCAGCAGGGAGGGUUUUUGACAGAUCCCACUGAGACUUAAGCACUGGUGGGAGGAAAAGUGGAAGCAAGAUUGCCCAGAAACGGGUGAUGAGGUGCAGCGAGGCACUGGGUGGGGCGGGGUGGACAAGCACUGUCUAGCAUCAUCCACACCCUGGUGAGGAAGGAACUCCAGCAGAAGUUCUACUCUGGGGCCCCCACAGGUUGCCCAAUAUAUUAUGCUUGAGGCCACCUUACUAGGGAGAAAGGGCAGCUAAGUGGGGGCCCUAUAAGUAGGCUGCUAAAUGUCCUGGAAGGGUGGUGGGAUGGAAAGAGCCCUAGCAUGAGAGAGCCUGUUGUGUGCCCCACAGUCUACCUGCACAGAGCGCCUCUGUUGGCAGGAGGUGCUGAGGCCCCCUCCCUGUGUACUGAGAAGCUGUGUUUGCCAAUAUAGUUGCUUUCAAUUCCAAGAGGAGCUCUGGGAAAACCUGUGGAUAAAACCAAAUGCCAAAUGUUGGACAUUGUUUCCUUUUCCUUUUCUCUCUGAUUGUUUUAAUUGUUCUGUAGUGGUUUUAAUGGAUUUGAGACCCUGGAGCGGCAGCUGCCUUUCUGAUUUCCAGCUGCUUUUUGUGAAUAAUUUAAAAAGAAAAAAAAAAGAAACUUUACAUUUUGGAGACAAACCUGUGUGAGUUUUUUAUUGGUACAAACGUUGUAUUUAACACUAGGGGUUUUGUACAGUUUUUUGCCUUUUCUACUAGAAAACAAUGUAAAGUGAUUUCACAAUGUGAAGAGAAAAAAUUGCCACUAUGACCAAACGCACAGUCUGUUCUGCAGCAACAACGGGAUUCAAUCAACUCAAAGUCGUGAUUCAGCCGUAGAAAUGCUUUUCCUUGACCUUGUUUGAGCUUUUCCUUUUUUCCUGUUUGAAUUACAAAAGAUGUCUUUUUUUUGUGUGUGAACUUGUGUUGUACUCUGUAGAAAAUUAUGGAUUUUGCUUUAAUGGUUUAAAAAAAAAAAAAGGGCAAGAAGAGCCCUUGUCGCUUUUCUUACCUAAUCACAGUUUGUGUAGUGGAUUAAAAAAGAAAAAAAAAAGUUGUUAAAAGUUUGGAGCAAGGGAGUAUGUGUUUAAAAGGACUCUCCUUUUUUUGUGUGUUUCUCCUUUUGUCCCAAUGGGGAACCUUAAUCUGUUUUAAUUGCACAGACACACAGACAAAAAGUCAUUUUGUAUCUGCCAAGUGUGGUACCUUCCUUUGUUUAUUUGCUAUUAAACUGUUUGAGAAGAA